AUGGGGAAAGCUGCCAAGGCCCAGUCUUCAUCAUCUUCUGCAGCAACAGAGCAAGAUCAGAAUACACUUUUGACAGGAUUAAUUGAGACCUUGAAGGAGCAGAAUCGUCUUCAAGGGGAGCAAAUGAGGGCAAUAUUUCAGAAUAAUAAUCAUAGUAGUACUCACAACAACCAGGAGGGAGGGCAAGCCCCUGCGUACAAGCAGUUCAUGACCUUUAAGCCAGCUGAGUUCAAGGGCAGUUCAGAUCCUAUUGUUUCUGAAGAGUGGGUACAGGCUAUGGAAACUAUCUUCGAGUUAAUGCAGAUUUCAGAGGUGGAAAGGGUCAGGUGUACCACGUUUAUGCUGAGGGAUGACGCUAGAAUUUGGUGGCAGGGUGCUAAGGCAGCGCUUGAUCUUAACAACAUCUCAUGGGAGGAAUUUAAAGAGGUUUUCUAUGGCAAGUAUUUUACUUUGAGCACAAGAAACAAGCUAGCGCAGGAAUUUUUGGAAAUUAAGCAAGGGGAUUCUAGUAUUGCAGAUUAUGUGAAGAGGUUUGAAAGAGGUAAGUACUUUGCUCCAAUGGUGACCGGCAACGCUUCUAUGGAGCUUAAUCGCUUUCUUGAGGGCCUCAAUGCUACGAUCCGUAUGAAUGUGAGGUUUAGUAAUCCUUCCUCUAUACGAGAAACAAUUGAUCGAGCUCUAAUGGUGGAGAAGGACAGACAAAGGUGCCAGCGGAGUCCUAAAAGUAACAUCCGCUGA